CCCGACUUGCAGCUCCUCGUCCGCUACCUCUAGGCCCCGCACCCGGUGGACAUGGCCUCGGUUACCGUGACAGCCGCGAGACGGGGCCUCGGCCGGGCGCCUCCCCUGCUGCUGCGGCGCGGCUACCAGACGGAGAGGGGAGUCUACGGUUACAGGCCGAGGAAGCCUGAGAGCCGCGAGCCCCGGAGCGGCCUGGCGCGCCCCCCAGUUGACCAUGGCCUUGCCAGGCUGGUGACAGUCUACUGUGAGCAUGGUCACAAAGCAGCCAAAAUCAAUCCUCUGUUUGCUGGACAAGCCCUACAGGAGACAGUGCCUGAAAUCCACAGCCUGGUGCAGACUCUGCAGGGGCCCUUCCACACGGCAGGAUUAUUGAACAUGGGGAAGGACGAGGCCUCUCUCGAAGAGGUCUUGGCCUAUCUCGACCAGAUCUACUGCGGGCAGAUUUCUAUUGAAACAUCCCAGCUCCAGACCCAGGAGGAGAAGGACUGGUUUGCCAAGCGCUUCGAGGAACUGAAAAAGGAGGCGUUCACCACAGAAGAGCGCAAACAUCUGUCCCGACUGAUGCUGGAGUCUCAGGAGUUCGACCACUUCUUGGCCACCAAGUUUGCCACCGUGAAGCGCUAUGGCGGCGAGGGGGCAGAGAGCAUGAUGGGCUUCUUCCACGAGCUGCUGCGGAUGUCGGCCUACAGCGGGGUCACCGACGUCAUCAUCGGGAUGCCCCACAGAGGGAGGCUCAAUCUGCUGACUGGUCUGCUGCAGUUCCCGCCCGAGCUGAUGUUUCGGAAAAUGCGCGGGCUGAGUGAAUUUCCGGAGGAUGUUUCGGCCACGGGAGACGUGCUGUCCCACCUGACUUCCUCAGUGGACCUGGACUUCGGGGCGCACCACCCGCUGCACGUGACUAUGCUGCCGAACCCCUCGCACCUGGAGGCCGUGAACCCGGUGGCUGUGGGGAAGACUCGAGGCCGGCAGCAGUCCCGUGGGGAUGGCGACUACUCUCCCGACAGCUCUGCGCAGCCCGGGGACAGAGUCAUCUGCCUGCAGGUUCACGGCGAUGCGUCUUUCUGUGGCCAAGGGAUUGUUCCCGAGACAUUCACGCUCUCCAACCUGCCGCAUUUCCGAAUCGGUGGCAGCGUGCAUCUGAUCGUCAAUAACCAGCUGGGCUACACCACCCCGGCCGAGAGGGGGCGCUCCUCCCUGUACUGCAGUGACAUCGGGAAGCUGGUGGGCUGCGCUGUCAUCCAUGUGAAUGGGGACAGCCCAGAGGAAGUGGUCCGUGCCACCCGGCUGGCUUUUGAGUACCAGCGCCAGUUCCGGAAGGAUGUGAUCGUGGAUCUGCUAUGCUACCGGCAGUGGGGCCACAAUGAGCUGGAUGAGCCCUUCUUCACCAACCCCAUCAUGUACAAGAUCAUCAGAGCCCGGAAGAGCAUCCCAGACACGUACGCGGAGCACCUCAUUGGCAAAGGGCUCAUGACGCCCGAGGAGGUGUCAGAGAUCAAGACCUCGUACUACGCCAAGCUGAACGGCCACCUGACGAACCUGGAGCACUACCGCCCGCCUGCCACACACCUGCAGGCCCACUGGCAGGGCCUGGUGCAGCCGCCGGCCUGCAUCACCACCUGGGACACGGGCGUGCCCCUCGACCUCCUGCGCUUCGUGGGUGCCAAGUCCGUGCAGGUCCCCGAGGAGCUGCAGAUGCACAGCCACCUGCUGAAGAUGUAUGUCCAGUCCCGGUUGGAGAAAGUGAUGGACGGGACGAAGCUGGACUGGGCCACCGCAGAAGCUCUGGCCCUCGGCUCUCUGCUCGCUCAAGGUUUCAACGUCCGCCUGAGUGGCCAGGAUGUGGGCCGCGGGACAUUCAGCCACAGGCACGCCAUGGUGGUCUGCCAGGAGACGGACGAGAUCUACAUCCCUUUGAACCACAUGGACCCCAGUCAGAAGGGCUUCCUUGAGGUCAGCAACAGUCCAUUGUCUGAGGAGGCGGUGCUGGGGUUCGAGUACGGGAUGAGCAUCGAGAGCCCCAGCCUGCUGCCCCUCUGGGAGGCCCAGUUCGGCGACUUCUUCAAUGGGGCCCAGAUCAUCUUUGACACAUUCAUCUCUGGAGGCGAGGCCAAGUGGCUGCUACAGAGCGGCAUCGUCAUCCUGCUCCCCCAUGGCUAUGACGGGGCUGGCCCUGAUCACUCGUCCUGCCGCCUGGAGCGCUUCCUGCAGAUGUGUGACAGUACCGAAGAGGGAGUGGACGGAGACACAGUGAACAUGUUCGUGGCCAACCCCACCACCCCGGCCCAGUACUUCCACCUGCUCAGGAGACAGAUGGUCCGAAACUUCAGGAAGCCCCUGAUUGUGGCUGCCCCGAAGAUGCUGCUGAGGUUCCCCGCGGCUGUGUCGACUCUUCAAGAAAUGGGCCCAGGAACGACGUUCAGCCCAGUCCUCGGGGACUCUUCCGUGGACCCCAGCAAGGUGAAGAGCCUGGUGUUCUGCUGCGGCAAACACUUCUACGCCCUGCUGAAGCAGAGGGAGACCCUGGAGGCCAGGAAGCAGGAGGUGGCCAUCAUCCGGGUGGAGGAGCUCUGCCCCUUCCCGCUGGACGCGCUACAGCAGGAGAUGCGCAAGUACCCCCAGGCCCGAGAUUUUAUCUGGAGUCAGGAGGAACCUCAGAACAUGGGUCCAUGGUUCUUCGUUUCCCCGAGGUUUGAAAAACAACUGGCCUGCAAGCUGCGCCUCGUGAGCCGGCCCUCCUUGCCCACCCCCGCCGUGGGAAUCGGGACCGUCCACCAGCAGCAGCACGAGGCAGUUCUCAAGAAGACAUUUGCUUGAGGCCCGCGGAAGGCAGCCUCCUCCAGACCCCUGAGAUGCUGCCCUGCCGCCCUCCGGUUCCUGAGACACACAUGGUGGGAUCGGGAGGUCAGAUGAACCCGACGUG